AUGGAUCGCGAAACAUUCGUGAAGGGGCAGCUCGAAGCAGUGCAUAAAGCUCUCACCAAAUACGAGGUGCCACUUAAACCGAAGCAUGCACGUCGUCUCAUUGUGGGAAGUCAUCAGGAAAGAUCAUCGGCAGUGUUUUGGAACGCCGUUAACAGGAUUCAACUUGAGAAGAACCCCGUGAUGACAUGGAAGUUUUGCCAUCUUCUUCACAAACUAAUUCGAGAUGGUCACAGGAAGGUUCCUGAGGAAUCAUUUAGGUUGUUCAUCUCCAGGAUAAAACAAUUAGGCCAGUUCUGGAAGCACCUGAAUACAUCUGGUUAUGGUAUCUGUAAUGAAACGUAUUGCAGGCUGUUGGUAGAUAGACUGGAAUUUCAUAAAAAGUACUCUGUAAUGCCGGGUAGCCUAAUCUUAACUGAAUCACAAAUCAAAACACUCGAGAGUGAUCUGGACAAUGCUUUUGAAAUGACGAUAGACAUGGUUGAUCAAAUGGACAACUUGUUGAGUCUACAAGCGAAAGUGUACGACGCGAUGGAAUGUCUACGUUGGAGCUCAUUGGUUCCUCAAGGUCAAUGUUUGCUUGCACCACUAAUUCUGGUUAUUCUUGAUUCUAGCAAAUUUUACGACUACUUGGUUAAAAUGAUUUUUAAACUUCAUGGACGGUUACCUCCUGAUGCUCUAGAAGGACACCGGACCAGAUUCAGGGACGUUUUUCUUCGUACUAAAAAGUUUUAUGAGGAAUCAAGUAGUCUUCAGUACUUCAAGUAUUUGGUGUCUAUUCCAACGUUGCCAUCUGCACCACCGAACUUUCUUCAAGCUUCCGACCUGGAUACUUAUCAGACACCACACGCAUAUCUGCAUUCAGAAGGGUUAGAAGAUAGCCAGUCAGUUGCUCCUGAUGAGGUGUUGCUGGAACUUGGUGUGGAAGAACAACAUUCACAACAACAGCAAGACGAGCAGAUUUUAUCACUUGCUCGAGACUUGGAAGAUGAGCGGUUCGCGAAGGAAAGGCUAAUUACAGAAGCACGUUCUCGCAUUGAACAGUACGAGAAUAGGUUGGCUCAAAUGCAGAGCGAGUACGAGUACACAAAAAGGGAGGCUGACGAAGCUCGUGAGGAAUGUGAUAGUUUGCGCAACUUAGCUGCUAGGGAUGCGCUUCGUGAAGAAAGCGACGACAUUCGUGUACAAGAAGCGAACGAGCAGGCGCGUUUGGCUGAUGAGCGAUUUGGAAAAAUGAAGGCGGCUUAUGAGAAAUUUCGUUCUGAACACGUAGCGGCGCUUACUAAACUUUGUGAUCUACAGAAGGAGUAUGAUGCUAGUGAGAAGUCUAGAAUGGAUAAAGAAGAAGAGUUGACGACUGUACGUCGACAACUUGAGGAAAGCGAGAAGAACCGUACGGCUGUAUUGUCGAAGGCGGAAUGUGAUGCAAAUGCUGUAGGUGAGCUGCGCAUGCAACUAGCCAAGGCUGACGUUGAAGUAGAGGAAUUACGAAAGACUUUGGAAGAAACAAAAGCGAAUCACAAAUCGGAACUUAUCAGUUCACUGGAUCGCUUGAGUGUUACUAAUCAUAUUAUCUUAGGAAAAAUUCGAGACGCUGUUUCCACAAUGCUUCAACGUUGCGAGGAGGAGCUCCCCAACGCCACCACGAUUUCAUAUCCUCCACACGUUGCUCAAUCGGCACUGAACAUUCUUGUGACAUUAUUGGAUGAAAGGUCAACGGUAGCGGUAUCUGAUACAAUCGUUUUGGCCCACGCUUGCGUUCUAGCCGUUAGUGGUUGUGCAGCUGCCGCAUAUAUUUCAUCGAUCGAACACUUUCAUGGUGUUAAUGAACAGUGUUAUGUCGUUGUACGCUCUGCGCGAGAAUCCUUUUCCUCAGCAGAUAUAAAUGUUGUAAAACUUGAGUCUGAACUAAAAAAACUUACUGAGAUGAUGACCGCUCUACCUUUGCAGACUGAUGUUGACAAGGACAUAAUUGGCGCUGAACUUGAAAACGAGAUGAUGCGUAUGAGUGAUGCAAUUCGUGCAGCCGUAGAAGAGAUUGAGAAAUUACAACAAAAAGCUCGGAUCAACACAGAAGGGAUAAGAUUAGAAGUGAAUGAGACAAUUCUCGGAUGCUGUCAAAAACUAAUGGCCGCAAUCAUGGCAUUAGUUGCUGCCUCUAAAGAGCUCCAAAGUGAAAUUGUUGCUGCUGGCAGAGGUGGGGCAUCUCCACAGGAUUUCUAUAAACGAAAUCAUCAGUGGACGGAGGGUCUUCUUUCUGCGGCAAAAACUGUAGGCGUAGCAGCACGUGUACUGGUUGAAUCAGCUGAUGGAGUAGUCACUAGACAGGGAAAAUUCGAGCAACUGAUCGUUGCCGCUCAGGAAAUUGCUGCUUCUACGGCACAGCUGUUUGUCUCAAGUCGUGUGAAAGCCGAUCCGGAUUCACAUAAACUUGCUGCUUUAACAACGUCGUCAAAGAACGUUAACCAAUGCACUGCUCAAGUGGUAGCAGCUGUUAAGAACGGCCAAACUACAUUGAAUGAGGAAGGUAAGAACCUUGACUUUUUAAAUCUGACCCUUCACGAAGCGAAGAAAGAGGAAAUGGAAUCGCAGGUACACAUAUUAGAACUGGAGCAAAAAUUGGUAAUGGAGAGAAAGAGAUUAGCAGAAUUGCGGAAGCGGCAUUAUCAUAUGGCGCAGCUGGCAGUAGCUGAACAAGUGAAUAAAUCUUUUCAUAGAUUGUAA